AAAUGUCCCGGCACUGUUGGCGGCAGCUCCCGGAGCACUGGGAGCACUGGGACGGGGGUCCUGGGGACUUUGGGACAGGAACAUUGGAGCAGGGGCAGUACGGACACUGGGAAGGGGUAAUGGGCAGCACCGCGAGGACUGGGGACACUGGGAACACUGUCCCCACACUGUCCCCCCUCCGCCCCCAUCCCUGCGCUUCAGUUUCCCCCCUCUCGCAGCCCGGGGCGGGGCGGGGGGGUCGCUCUCAGCCCCACCCGCGAUGUCGGGGGUCCUGCUGCCCCUCGUCCUCGUCCUCGUCCUCCUCGCCGGGACCCCCGCCCAGCCCUUCCCGCGGGACCUGGUGGCUCGCAGCACCGUGGGGCUGGCAGUCACCGCCGCGUACCCGCGCUUCGGGGGGCUCCGGGGGGACAACGGCACGGCCCGGCUCGGCCUCGACUUCCAGCGGAUGCUGCGGCUCAACGGGACACUCUUCGUGGCUGCCCGGGACCACAUCUACGCCUUCGACCUGCGUCAGGACAAGGGGACGCUGUACCCGGAGCGGCACCUCACCUGGGAGACGCAGGACAGGGAGAACUGCGCCAUGCGGGGCCGGCGGCAGGACGAGUGUCACAACUACAUCCGGGUGCUGGUGCCCCGUGAUGCCGAGACCCUCCUGGCCUGUGGCACCAACGCCUUCAGCCCCCUGUGCCGCACCUACCAGGUAAGCAGCCUGGCACAGCAGGGUGACGAGGUCAGUGGCCAGGCCCGGUGCCCCUUUGACGCCAAGCAAAGCAUCGUCGCCCUCUUUGUCGAUGGCAGCCUGUACUCGGCCACGGUGGCCGAUUUCCAGGCGAGUGAUGCCGUGAUCUACCGCAGCCUGAGCCCCGGGCAGGCUCCCCUGCGCACCCUCAAAUACAGCUCCCGCUGGCUGCAGGAACCCCACUUUGUCCAGGUGCUGCCCUACGGCCCCUACGUCUACUUCUUCUUCAGGGAGGUGGCAGUGGAGCUCAGUGCCCUGGGCAAGGUGUUGGUGGCCCGGGUGGCCCGGGUGUGCCGCAAUGACCACGGUGGUUCCCCGCGGGUGCUGGAGCGGCGCUGGACGUCUUUCCUGAAGGUGCGGCUGCAGUGCUCUGUCCCUGGGGACACCGUCUUCUACUUCGAUGUCCUGGAGGCCGUGACACCUCCCCAGACCCUGCAUGGGCGCCCCGCUGUUCUCGCCCUCUUUGGCACCCAACCCAACAGCAUCCCUGGCUCGGCCGUCUGCGCCUUCUACCUGGCAGACGUGGAGCGGUCGUUCGAGGGUCCCUUUGCCGAGCCCCGUGGGGCCACCUGGACCUCAGUGCCAGAGGACAGGGUCCCUCAACCCAGGCCGGGCAGUUGUGCCGGGAUGGGACCUGCUGCUGGUGUUGUCACCUCCGGGGACUUCCCUGACGAGACGCUGGUGUUUGCCAAGGAGCACCCGCUGCUGCACGGCGCUGUGAGCCCCGCGGGCGGGCGGCCCCUCUUCACCCACACCGGCACCAGGCUGACCCAGCUGGCCGUGGACACGGGCGUGGGGCCCCGUGGGAACCAGACUGUGCUGUUCCUGGGUGCCGAGGAUGGGCGGCUGCUGAAGGUCCUGGCAGCUGCACAGCACCCCGAGGCCAUGCAGCCCCCCGGGGGCACUGCAGCACCGGGGGACACCCGAGAGCUGGGGGACAGCAAGGACAGCAGUGCCAAGACACUGCUGCUGGAGGAGAUCAGCCUCUACGACCCUGGGCGGUGCCGCAGCCCACGGGGCGCCAAGGUCCCCAGCCGGGUGUUGGGGCUGGAGCUGCACCUGCCGGGCCGGGAGCUCAUCGUGGCCUUUGCCGGGUGCCUGCUGCGGCUGCCCCUGAGCCGCUGCAGCCGCCACGGCUCCUGCCGAGGGAGCUGCCUGGCUGCCCGAGACCCCUACUGUGUCUGGCUGCCCUCCAGGGGCUGCAUCCCCUUCUCCGAGGACCUUCCGAGUGGCUUCCAGCAGGACAUGGAGGGAUCCCUCGGGAUCAGCGGGACCUGCCAAGGGGCUGCAGGGGACAGUGACGAGGAUGGAGACCUGGCCCACGGGGUGCGGCACCCCGGGCCGGGGGCCGAAGCGACCGUGCCGGUGGCGGUGCUCGUGGGCUGCGUGCUGGGCGCCUUCGCCCUGGGCGCGCUGGCCACCGGGCUGGUGGCCACCUGCUGCCAGCGCCCCGCCGUCCCCAAGGCCCCCCCGGAGCCGCCGUGCUCCCCUCGGACCUCGGCCCAGCCGCCCGUCCCCCGCCUGUACCCCGCGCUGCCGCCGCAGGGCGGGGCCGGCGCCUUGCGGGACUGCCCCGAGCCCGAGCCCCCCGCGCUGCCCCCGGCCCGGGCACCCCGGGACCGGGAGCCCCGGCGCGGCCACAGCGCCGCGCUGGGCCCCGCGGAGCCCCCCGGGCCGGGGCCCCCGGGCAGGGCGGCCCGGGAGGAGGUGCAGCGGCUGCACGGGGGCUCGGCGAGGCCCGUGACCCCGCCGGGCACCGGCUCCUUCGCUAACCGGGUGCUGCCCCGUGCCGCGGGCCCCGGACCCCCCUUCGGCCCCCACGACCGGGCCCCGGUGCGCCUGGACGUGCCCCCCGACAGCCCCCCGGCUCCGCGGCGGCCGCUGGCACAGAGCCACUCGCUGGGGGGGACCCCCGUGAGCCCCCCCGGGCCGGCGCGGGGCCUCACCCGCAUGCACUCGCUGGGGACACCGGGGGGGACACCCUGGGGACCCCGGCCCGGCGCCCUGGAGCGCUCCCUGUCCAUGAAGCCCCCCGUGCUCCCCAAGCCACUGCUGCUGCCCGCAGCCCCGGGGCGGCCCUGACACCCUCCCGGGACAUCCCAACCGCAGCUUGGGGGGACCCCGAGCUGUCACCUUCCCCGGGGUGCACGGUCCCCACUGCCCCAGCUCUCAU